AGAAUGAGCCGUCUUGUUUCGCUGGUGAGUUGUCUCCUGCACCAACAUAAUAAGUUCCAUCAUGUCAAGGCCAGAGUUCAACAGUUCUGUGGCUAUCCCAGGCAGUUGUCUGCAGGUCUACACUACACUUCCUACAGCUGGUCAUCAUUUGCAGAGACAGAGCCAGCAGGUAGAAAAAGUUUUGUCCAUGAAACACUAUGCAGUGCCAGACACAAGAAAUCUGCCCAAGAGAAGGCUCAGCUGGUCAUCUUUGAUAAAGACGGAACUCUGAUUUGUUUCCAGACUAUGUGGUCGUCUUGGGCUGAUAAAGUCAUACAAGGCAUUGCUAAAAGUGUAGGCCUGGCAGUUGAGGAGAAGCUGUAUAAAACACUGGGUGUUGACCCCAAGACUAAGAGGAUAUUCCCCGGGCUACUUGCCGAGAAAACCACGGCUGAGAUUCAGUCCGUCAUCGUCCAGCUGCUGGUCAGUGAGGGCGUGGCUAAGGGCAAGGCCCAGCAGGCUGUGGUGGACAGCUGGCUGGAAGGGGACACAGGGAGAGGAAAUGCCGCCAAGUCUAUCCACCCUGAUAUGAGAACCUUGUUCAAGAUUUUAAAAGACAAUAAAAUCAAGAUUGCCAUUUGCACCGCAGACAACAGAAGAGGGACCAUGAACACCUUGAAGAACCUGGGACUGUCCCAGUAUGUGGACAUGGUGGUGUGUGGGGAUGACCCAUGCACCCAGCCCAAACCCUCCCCUCACAACGCCUGGAAGAUUUGUGGCGCCCUUGGAGUGGACCCGCAGCUGGCUGCAAUGGUUGGCGACACAAAGGCGGAUGUAGGGAUGGGACACAGUGCCAAGUUGGGCUGGGUUGUGGGGGUCCUCAGUGGUGUGGGGGACACAGCGGACCUGCUGCCUGAAGCUAAUUAUAUCAUACAAAAUGUAAAAGAUCUCCUCCCACUCAUCCUCCCGUACAACGACUGGGUCAACUGUUACACGUACACAUCUCAUGAGCGCGUACUGCGGGAGCCUCUAGACUUGGUUUGCGCAGAGAAGCCGGUGGUUGAGAUCAACCUGGACAAGUACGAAGUGGUCAUCUUUGACCUCCAUGGGACUCUGGUCUGCUCGGACAAAAAAUAUUUCACCUGGCUGGAGAAGCUGUCCGACAGACUUGAAAGCAAGACGGGGAUGAAGCUGGCGUCUUUGAUCUACUCGUACCUGGGAGGUUCGGCCGACACAAAGGAAGUCCACACAGGAAUCUUGGAGCAGGGCUCACAUGCCCAGCUGAAGGAGGCUCUAGUGAAACUACUCAGGCAGGAGGGCUUUCAUUACGAGGAGGCCAUCAUUACAGUCAAUCAGGCUUUCAAAGACUGUGAAGAGACCUUCAAAGUUGCAGACGUUGUCUCCCUUGAUAAAGACGUCAAAAUCUUGUUCCAUACGCUGAAGGAUAACGGGGUGAAGAUUGCCAUCAACACGUCAGAGACGAGAGAAACUGCCGUCGCUGAUUUGAAGGCCAUUGGCCUGACGUCAUGUGUGGACAUGAUGGUGUGCGGAGAUGACCCAAUGUCCCGCAUGAAGCCAGACCCCCACAACGCCAUCUUGAUAGCGGAGGAGAUGGGAGCCAAGCCAGAGAAGGUUGUUGUGGUGGGGGACACCAAGGAGGACAUCUCAAUGGGUCUCAGUGCUAAGGUCGGCCUGACCAUUGGUGUGUUAACUGGCGUUGGGACACACACGGACCUGGUGCAAGCUGACCAUAUAGUGCCCAGUGUCAGUGAGAUACUGUACCACAUGAGCUGCCACAAGGACGCAUCCCAGACGUCACCUCCCCACACCUCAGCACCCCACACCUCACCACCUCACUCCCCAUGCCACCAAACUCGGCAUUACUCCACACUUUCCCCUGCUAGACGAAGAAAUCAACCAAACACUAUACAAAGCCCACCUUCACUAAUCCAAGGCUUAACACGACCCAAGUAUGACUACAUCAUUGUUGGUGCCGGCUCAGCCGGUUGCGUUCUAGCUAACCGCCUCACUGAGGAUGGGAAAUCAACCGUCCUGCUCAUAGAAGCCGGUCCUAGGGACAACUCGUGGAAAAUUCACAUGCCAGCUGCGCUCAUGUACAACUUAUGUGAUGACCAGUAUAACUGGUUUUAUCAUACGGAACCGGAACCGCAUAUGAACAACCGGGUGAUGUACCAGCCUAGAGGUAGGGUGUGGGGAGGGAGUUCCUCACUCAACGCUAUGGUUUACAUUCGAGGUCAUGCAUUUGAUUACGACAGAUGGGAGAAAGAAGGUGCUGACGGCUGGGCCUACGCUGACUGCCUGCCUUACUUUCGUAAAGCACAAGACCACGAGCUGGGUGGUAACGAAUAUCGAGGUGAUUCCGGACCUUUAAAGGUGACUCGUGGUAAGACGAAUCACCCGCUUCAUCAGGCAUUUAUAGAAGCAGGGCAGCAGGCUGGGUAUCCAUUCACAGAUGAUAUGAACGGGUACCAACAGGAGGGGUUUGGGUGGAUGGAUAUGACAAUAUUCAGUGGCAGAAGGUGGAGCGCUGCCACCGCCUACUUGCUGCCUGCUACUGUCAGGAAGAACUUGGACACGUUGACUAAAACAAUAACGACAAGAGUUCUGUUUUCUGGGCAGCGAGCUAUCGGAGUAGAGAUUGAUCAGGCAGGAAUGCUGGAAACUAUUGAGGCAGAGAAGGAGGUUAUUCUGUGCGGUGGGGCAUUCAACUCUCCCCAGCUGUUGAGUUUAUCCGGGGUCGGGGACGGCGAUCUUCUUAAAUCCCUGGACAUCCCAGUUGUCCAGCACUUGCCAGGUGUUGGCCAGAACCUGCAGGACCACCUGGAAACCUACGUCCAGCAAGCCUGCACCAAGCCGGUCACCUUGUACUCCGCACAGUGGAAGUACCCACACAACAUGAUUCGCAUCGGCGUGGAGUGGUUCCUCCACCAAACAGGAUACGGAGCAACCGCUCAUCUAGAAUCUGGAGCUUUCAUACGUAGCAGAGGAGGACUCCAACACCCAAAUAUUCAGUAUCACUUUUUGCCUUCAACUGUUGUUGACCACGGUAGAAAAAUUGGACCGUGCCAUGCGUACCAAGUCCAUGUGGGACCUGAGAGACCCACCUCUCGCGGUAGUGUCACCAUCAGGUCUAAGAAUCCAAAAGACCACCCAAAAAUCAUUUUUAAUUAUCUCUCCACGCCUGAAGAUGUUGAAGAGUUUGCAGAAAGCAUCAAGCUGACCCGUGAAAUCUUUGCCCAGAAAGCUUUUGAUGAGUUUCGUGGGAGAGAACUCCAGCCUGGCCCUGACGUCACCAGUGACAAAGACAUUGAAGCUUUUCUUAGAAAAAUGGGCGACACCGCCUAUCACCCCUCCUGCACAUGCAAGAUGGGAGCUGUGACUGACCCCAUGGCGGUUGUGGACUCCAGCUGUCGUGUCAUCGGCUUAGAAGGUCUGCGUGUCGUCGAUGCCUCUGUCAUGCCUUCAGUCGUCACUGGCAACCUCAAUGCACCAACCAUCAUGAUAGCGGAGAAGGCGGCAGAUAUAAUCCGAGGCAGAGAUCCUCUCCCCAAGUCUAGUGCACCUGUGUGGCAGCCUAAAGACCCCAGUAAACAGAGGUAAAAGUUCUUGUAUGCUUUGUGCUGCUUAGUUAAGUGAGUUCCACUAGGAAGCAUUAGUUUAUUUAUUAGAUGUGUUCAACUUGUCUACAUUUUCAUCUCACAUUUCUGAAAUCAAGGAUAAAUUAACUUAAUCUAUGAGUUAAUGAAUUUAAUAUUGCUUAAAUUAAUUAUUAUGCUUCACUGAUUAUG